AUGUCAGUUCAUAUGAAUUGGAGUUAUGUUUGCCAUCAGAUGAGCCAAUCAUUGCUAACCAAUGAUCACUUCGUCCAACACUUCCACACAUUGUCCACCAAUGAAGACAAAGUGUCGCACUGUCUCUCACAGCCACACGUCGGCAAACAAUUGGAUCAGUUCUUGAGCGUCACUUCGGCCGCAAAACAUCGCAAGUAUUGGGAAAAAGCCAAAGAGUUUCGCAUUGAAGGCAAUCACUCUUUCAGAGGGAAGCGCUUCCAGGAGGCCAUCGACGAGUACACUCAGGCCAUAAUCACGGCAUCGCUUCCCAACUCGAGUGACACCGCGGAAGCAAAUGGAGAGUUAUCUCUUGGAUUCGCGAACCGAUCGGCGGUUUUCUUUCAGUUGAAGCAAUACGACAACUGUUUGUCUGAUAUUAACAAUGCAUUCAAAUACGACUACCCAUUGAAUGCCACGAAACUGUUGCUCAGAAAAACCAAUUGUUUGGUAGCGAAGGCCCGCUUCGGUGACGCCAAGACUGUCCUCCAGAGCGUGGAAUUGAGCGGCGAUUUGAAUGACAAACAACUGGAGACUCAGAUCAACAAAUUGUUGGAAACAAUUGACUCAAAAGGAGCUAAAAAUCGGACCAAUUGUGUGAAUACAUCUAAACCGAAGACUGAUCUCAAGUUUGUGAGCAAUGAAUUGAUGCCAAACGCGAGUCAAUCGCUUCGGUUAUGUGAGUCUCCGACAAAAGGCCGACAUAUUGUGACCAAAGAUGACAUCAAUAUCUCUGAUGUGUUAUUUAUGGAGAAACCGUUUUCAUCGGUUCUUUUGCCGCAAUAUUACAAAACACAUUGUCAUCAAUGCUAUGGAAAACUGGUGGACAGACCAGUGAUGCCUUGCCUUAAGUGCACUCAAGUUAGGUAUUCGUCGCUACUCACGGCCAGACUACCGACCCUACUCACGCGAGUGAACCGGAAGUCUUGGGAUAACCAGACACCUCAGCUCAAUGCCAUCCAAGUGGCCAACAAUUACUCUCUUUCCCAGUCGUCGUCCACUCCUUAUAAAAGUGAUUAUCAGUCGGUAUACGCUUUGGUCGACCACUCGAACGACUUUGCAAUGGAGGACAGUAUCAGCUAUUCAUUGGUCGCAUCGCUUCUUCUGCUUUUGACACAAAAGUUGCGAUUAAUUCCUAAAGAAUCGCAAAGUUUUGAGUUAUUGGGAGGAAUAUUAUUGAAACAUAUUCUUCAACUCAUAACAAAUGGUCAUUCAAUCGCUUCAUUUGAGAUGACUUCCGAUUUUAGUUUUGAAGACAAACGAAUCGCAACCGCUAUUUAUCCGACCGUUAGUCUAAUGAAUCACUCGUGCGAUCCAAAUGUGAUUCCCCUCUACGACAAGAAGAUGCUUAUAGUGAGAGCCGCCAAACCUAUAGCCAAAGGACAGCAAGUAAUGAACUGUUACGGCCCUCACUGUAAACGUAUGACCACUAAAGACCGUCAAACGGCUCUUUUGGAGCAAUACUUCUUCAAAUGCGAUUGCAGUCCGUGUUUGAGUCAAACUGAAGACACGAGUUCUGCUUUAAUGUGUAGUCAAUGCAAAGAAGCCAUUGUUGUUGACGAAGCAAAAGAUACUGUCGUUUGUAUUAAUUGCAAGAAAAGUGAUUUUGAUAUCAAAUCGAUGCUUAAAGAAGUGGAAAAAGGACUUAAACUGUUGAGCGAUGGCUCCAAACUGUGUGACAACGAGAAGUACACAGAAUCAGAGGCCGUACUCUUGGAUGCGCUCAACACUCUCGAGAAAGUGCUUUACGCCAAGAAUCGAGAGUUGGGACGAGUAAAGGAUGAAUUGAGUCGUUGUUACGCCCGACAACACGAGUGGUCAAAAGCGCUUGACUUCGGGCGACAGAGCGUUGACAUUGUUGUGGAAGUGUUCGGCGACUCGAGUGUUGAGAUGUGCAACGAAUUGAUCAAAUUAAGUGAUUUGGAGUUCGAGUUCUUCAACGCUAACCUCUCCGUCGAAGAGAGUAUCAAAGGCGCCACCGAUUGUCUUCGCACGACUUCCAACGCUAUUAAAUUGUUGACCAAUUAUUCGGUUCCCGACGACUACGACAGUCCGCAGGCCAUCGAAAUCGGACGACUCGAAGAGAGGCUCUUAUACUGCGAUAUGGUUUAUCGCCAGAAGUGUGUCAAUUGGUGCCAAUUGGUGGCCAACAGAAGACAUUUCGCCGACGAUAGCGAUAAAGAUAAUGAUAAAAGUGUGACCAUUAAAGAGGAUAACGUUGUCGACAACGCGUCCCAUAAGAGAGAUUCAACCGGAGAUGACGGCCGGCGAAAGAGUGACGACAAAGUGGUUGUCGCCAAACAUAAUCUCAAUGAAUUGAUCCAAACGCUGAAGUCGAAGGAUAUCUUUGGCAAACCGGACGAUAAGUUGCGCGAAGUGUUG